AUGGGCCGCGACAUCGCCAUCUCAGGCUGGUCUGAGGAAUGGCUCAACCGCACCCUCCCCGAACUCAAGUGCGAGACCACGCUGGUCGUGUACGCGAUAACCCUCACCUCUCUUUUCAUCGGCAUCCGCGCUCUCCUCCGCGUCCGGCGCACUCGUAAAGACCUCGAGGCGAAUCCAUCCAACCGCGUCGCAAUCCUCUCCGGCUGCGAUAAGCGCAUGGCAAAGACGACCAAGACCAUCUUCUGCUUCGCCCACAUCUUCUUCUUCCACUCUCUGGCGCUCUGGUUCACGGAUGCUGCCAUCGGCGUGUUGGCCAUCUACCAGGACGUCGACUCGCACCCGGGGGAGUACACCGCGCCGGUCUGGAUUGAUCUGGCCAUCCAGGUCGUGACCAUGUUGGCCGUCUUCACGGCUGUCUUCAUCGCGUUCCCUAUGCUUCAGCUCAUCGGCGUAUCGCAUUUGGUUAAGAAGAGCGUACGCAAGGGCAGCGAGGCUCCCAUGUCGGCCUACAUCACCGAAGGCCGCAUUAUCAGCACCCACCUGGCUCAACUCUGGAUGAUGACCGGCUUCUGCAUCGUCUCCUGGUGGCCCGUCAUGGAAAGCUCAAUGCUGCGCAUCGUAAUCUUGGAAGCAGUCUUUGGUUCUGGAAUUGCCUGGCUGUCGACGAGCUUCAUAUUCAACUUCCGCACCGAUGCGCUCUAUAAGAUGGAAAUGGAGGUUCUGCAACAGCACCAGCGACCCGUCGGUGUGUGCCAGCAUGUUGUGCAUUACGGCAAGCAGGUCGCGGCUUCAUUCGAAGAUGAGAAGUCGCAAUUGCUUCCGAAAUACGAGCAAGCUGCGCAGGAUGAGAAGACUGGACUUUGA